AGGUAUGAGAACGAGAUUAAUCUCAGCCUUUGAUUCGUGACUCAUUGACUCAUGAGAAAAAGUGAAAAACCGUGCAAAGUCUUCGUCUCUUAGUUACGGUGAUAUAAUAUUUCUGUGUUAAUUCAAACCCUUGUUCUGCAAAUUGUUGUUAUGCCAUUACCACAAUCAUCACCCCCACUGCGUUAACCUAAGCGUGAUUUAUUGAAUGCUGAAAUAUCAAAAUUUGAUGUUCAAUUGAAAUCAAGAUGAGUUCGGUGCCAAAGGAAACAAUUGAAGUCAUUGCACAGAGCAUUGGCAUCACCAAUUUAUCCCCCGAUGUUGCCCUCGCUCUCGCUCCCGAUCUUGAGUAUCGAAUUCGAGAAAUCAUGCAGGAGUCAAUAAAAUGCAUGCGCCACUCAAUGAGAACGUUUCUCACUACAGAUGAUGUGGAUAGUGCUCUUGCAUUGAGAAAUUUAGAGCCGCUAUAUGGUUUCACCUCAAAUGAUCCUGUGCGGUUUAAAAGGGCUGCUGGACACAAGGAUUUGUUCUACAUUGAUGAUAAAGAUGUGGAUAUCAAAGAUCUCAUUGAAGCUCCUUUACCGAAAGCACCCCUUGAUACAUCAAUAACCAGUCACUGGUUGGCUAUUGAAGGUGUCCAACCUGCAAUUCCAGAAAAUGCUCCAGUUGAAGCUCCCUCUGAGAUAAGAAAAUCUGAAUAUAAGGAAGAUGGGCUUCCUGUUGAUGUUAAAUUACCUGUUAAACAUGUAAUAACAAGGGAGCUUCAGCUUUACUAUGAAAAAAUAAUUGAGCUGACUUUACAUAAGCCAGGCUCUAUUCCUUUUAGAAGAGCAUUGGUUAGCUUGGCAACAGACUCAGGACUCCAUCCCUUGAUUCCUUAUUUUACACGCUUUGUUGCUGAUGAGGUGGCACAAAAUUUAAAUAAUUUAACUGUUUUAUUUGCCUUGAUGCGCCUUGUGCGGAGCCUUUUGCAAAAUUCUCACAUACACAUAGAACUUUAUUUACAUCAAUUGAUGCCGCCUAUAAUUACUUGCGUUGUUGCAAAAAGGAUAGGAAACAGAGUAUCUGAUAAUCACUGGGAGCUUAGGAACUUCAGUGCUAAUCUUGUUGCUUCAAUAUGCCAAAGAUUUGGGCAUGUUUAUCACAAUCUUCAGCCACGUGUGACAAAGACAUUUCUUCAUUCUUUCUUGGACCCUUCAAAAGCUCUGCCUCAACACUAUGGUGCAAUUAAAGGAAUAGCAGCUCUUGGAUCACGACUGGUUCGCCUGCUUAUACUUCCAAAUCUUGAGCCAUAUUUGCAUCUUCUUGAGCCAGAAAUGCAACUUGAGAAGCAAAGUAAUGAAAUGAAGAGGCAAGAAGCUUGGCAAGUUUAUGGGGCCUUGUUGGAUGCAGUAGGUCGAUGUAUGCAUGAGAAGGUCAAAAAGUUCAGCAGUUUGCUCUCUCCUCCAACUGUUAGUUCAAGAAGCACUGGAAAAGCCAUGAUUGCGAUACCAGGCAAACGUAAAGCCAGCACAGACAAUCUAAUGCAGCAACCUCCAUUGAAGAAACUUGCAACAGAUGGUCCUGGGGGUGUGGUACCAAUGAACUCCAUGUCAGUUGACAUGCAAGGCUCAACAGGUGGAUUUUCCAACAUGAUGGGGGUUCCCACUGUCGGCAUAUCAUCAAUGGGCCGUCAAUUAUCCAACGACAACGCGCUGGGGAGAGAGAUUGGAGAUCAGCAAAGGAAGGUGUCUUCCACUCUUGCUCAAGCUUGGAAGGAGGACAUGGAUGCAGGACAUUUGCUGUCAUCGGUGUAUGAAUUGUUUGGCAAAAGGGUGUUGCCAUUUGUUCCAAAACCUGAAGCAUGUAUAUUUUUGUAGCACUAGUUGCACUGCUGAUGUUUGUUUUGCAUGCAAGAGUGCAUGUAAAACUGUGACUAGCUGUCGAUUUGUGUCAAAUAUAAAACAACGUUGGCGAGAGUGGAAAAUCACCUGUAUUUAAUUUCUUUAAUUUUUUAACUCAUGGAAAAACCAUGUAAAAGUUUUUUUUUUUUCUCAAGUCUAAGAUGAUUUAUAUAGCAUUGAUAUUAUCUUUUAACGAUAUUGCUAGUCCGAUGCCAAUUAGAC